AUGAAUUCUUUAAUGAGCCGAUAUUCUACGCCAAUUCUGUUUACGUCGUGUGGUUCAUUUGCUCGGAAAAAUAAUUUUUUUCACCCAUCCAGAGUAGCCUCUUCUAGAAAACGUCUUCCUGAGUCUAGAGAGAUUAGGCAAGUCAGGGAUAUCAUAGAAGCCGAUUUCGUCACUCUCGGUUGGGUUCGUGGAAUAAGAAAGCAUAAGUCGAAGGUAUUCCUGGAUAUUUCAGAUGGAUCUUCAUCUAAGAAGCUCCAGGUUGUCUGCAGUCCAGAUCUAGUACCUAAGGGAAUUUCUAUUGGCUCCGCAAUAUCUGCCACUGGUUGUCUAGUAGCAUGCGCUUCUCGGGCUUCAAAAGCGAGUUCCCAUAUAAACGAGACAAUCUCCGAGGAACUUACCCAUUCAACUAGACUGUACGAGCUGGUAGCCAGCCGCUUAUGCGUUUUCGAGGAAGCUCAUCUACAAGCAGACUUGUCGAUUUCAGACUCUCUAGAAGUGGACAUUCGCUUAGACGAUAAAAGCACUCACAAGACUGCGUCUCUAUCCACUUUCCCGGGGCCGCUUGCUGCUGCUCCCUCGUCAUCCACGUCUCCAUCACAAUCUGCUUCUGCUUUAUCUUCUAUCUCUUCAUCUCUACCACCAUUAGAUAUCCGGAAGUGGGGAGCACAGAUUGUGACUAGUGGUCUGACGGACACUUCCAUUCUACCUGGGCUCGGCCUGCUGAGGUCGCAUCAGGCGCUACCAUUUCGUCACAGACUGGACCCAUUCGCAGCGAUGUUGCGUCUCCGAGCCAGGACAAAAGACUGUGUGCAUCAAGUUAUGCGGAGGCGUGGCUAUCUUGAGGUAUAUAAUCGGGUUAACUGCGCUUCCCAGACCUCAUUCUUUUAA